GUUUGGUGCGUUCCUUUGCCUUGGUACUGUGCUUGCUCAGAAACGAUGCAUCGUUACGCUAGAGUGCAGGCUAGGAGCCCAUCGCUACAGCUCGGAAGCGCGAGCCGCGCUCUCAUCCCCGCAAUCAACCAUAAGUUAGUAGGAAAGGUCAUCGCUUCACAACUGUCACGUAAUGCGCCGUGUCGCCAGCACCGCUCGCUCACGGCCUCCGUCAUCGCAGCUGCAAGCAGACAUGGAGUAGAAGAACCGCUCGAUGACGAGCGCGAUGGCGAGCAACAUGAGUAUGAGGAUGACGAAGAGCCGAUGCCAACCCCACCGCUGCCUGCCUCGGCUCUGGAGCUGCUGAGCCAGGUCCUGACAGAGCUGCCUGCCGAUGGCGCCCCAUCAUCGCCGGAAAGCCGAGAGGCCCCCCCGGGCAACGCAGCUGCUGCUGCGGCCGCCUACCAGCCUCGCAGUUUCUGCGUCAACUGCUGCCGACCGCUGCCGCACCCUCCACCGCGCGCUGCUGCCUCAACCUCAGCCAGCAGUGCCACCGGCGCCGCUGUGCGGUGCAGCGGCUGCGGCCACGACAGCAGUCGGGAUGCAGAGGUGCUUGGCGACCCGCACGCAUGGGUGGAGGCCUACCAGCAGCAGCUUGCUGGGCAGGAGCAGCAACAGCAGCAGGGGCAGCAGCAGGAGUCCCAGUCUACGGUCAGCAGCAGCAGUAGCAGCAGCAGGGGUAGCGAUGGCGGAGGGGUGUUGCUGGCAGCGGAUGCGAGGAUGAUGCUACACAGGUCGUCACUGCCGCCGUAUCCUGGGAGGCCAGAGCGGCUGCAGGCCAUCAUGUCGCGCCUGCACUCCCGCGGCCUGCUGCCCCGCUGCCGCCUGCUGCCCUGCCGACCCGCCACGGACGCAGAGCUGCUUGCCGUACACAGCCGGGAACUGGUGGAUGCCGUACACAGCAUGGGGACAUCCAGCAGCAGCAGCAGUGGCGGCAGUAGCAGUGGCAACCUUAAUGCGGAGCUAAUCGCCUCCAUUGCCGCAUCCUCCUCCUCCUCCACCACAUCAGACGCUUCCUUCAUAAGCUCCGCCAUGUCACCUUCUGCUGGCUCCUCCACUGUCCCUUCCUCCUCCUCCUCGCCCCCCUCCCCUCUGGCCCCUGACACGCUGUACAACGCACACACGAGUACGGCAGCGCUGCUGGCGGCGGGGGCGGCGGCGGAGGUGGGCGCGGCGCUGGCAAGCGGCAGGGCGGCGCGAGCGUUGGCGGUGGUACGGCCUCCUGGAGCUCAGGCCGGUGUGGACAUUGCUCGAGGCGGCUGCUACCUGAACAACGUAGCAGUGGCGGCAGCGGCGGCGCUUGCAAACGGGGCUCAGCGGGUGUUGAUUGUGGAUUGGGACGUGCACCACGGGCGUGGCACGCAGGAGAUAUUUGAAGAAGACCCACGGGUCCUGGUGCUUUCCAUGCACCGCUAUGAGGAGGACGUGUAUCCCGGUACCGGCUCAGUGGAGGAGGUGGGCGAGGGGCCGGGCGAGGGCGCCACCCUCAACAUCGCCUUCCCGGCCGCCGAGACCCGGGACGGCCUGAGCGACGGCGACCUGUUAUCAGCCGCACUGCACGUGGUGCUGCCGGUGGGGCUGCAGUUCAGACCGCAGGUGGUGCUGGUGGCGGCGGGUUUCGGAGCGCUCAAGGGAGAUCCCGUGGGCGGCUGCAGCUGCUCCCCCGCCGUGUUCGCC